GCUUAUAUUAUGUUCCAAUACUUUCUUCUUCUUCCACUUCCACCGAUCAGUAUUUAACUAGGAGCAGCUCCUCCAAAGAUAUGACGCCGCCACCGCCGCCCAUAUUUCAGUCUCCGCCGUCGGCACCUCUUAUAAACCACCGCUCUCUUCCACCUCACCCCGGUCACAAUUUCUCAUUCCAUCAUAAUCGGCAGCCGCCGCUUCUUCCUCUGCCUACUCUCAACCCCCAAACUCGGACUCUUUCGUGCCCGCCACCUACCACCACCACCACCACCACUAAUAGUAAUUAUAAAACCAAGUCGAAUAAGGCUAAGAAAAAAUCCAAGAAAACCCCACGGCAUGCUGUUAAUAAGGUUCCUCCGCCGCCAGACGCCGGGCUGCCUCCAAAACGCCAGCAUCUUCCGGCGGACGGCAGUGAUGUGGUUGUUUCACCUCAUCCAAGCUGUUUGCCUCUGCCCACUUUUUCCUUGAGGGCCCCCUCUCCGGCGAGAUUAGUUAAUUCAUGAAAGCUCGCUCAGCUAGAGCGCCACCACCAGGAGGGCCUCAUGCACAUGUGAGAGGGGGGGGGGGUGUCGCUGGUUCCAGGGUUUCAAACUUUCAAUAAGUAUGGAUAUCAGUAUUCUGUAAAAUGUUUUCAUAUUGUUUUUUUUUUCCUUUGGGGUUGAAAAUUCUUGUAUGUGUUUGUACGUACCAUGCCACUGCACCAUAUAUUUUUUUCUAUUUUGGGACAGGAUCAGGCUGGUUGGCUCUUAUAAAUGAUGAUUGUUAUGCUGUUUAAUAUAAGUACUGUUCUCUA